UCCGAAGACAACCUAAACAAGCUACUAUUAUUUAAAAAGGUGGAAAUUGACGCAACAAAACCCUGAGACCCCAACACCUCAAUCUGUCCUUAAGAAUGAGUAUUCAUGUAGACGAACCACUAACACCGGCCGGCCGCUUGUUCGUACAGCCGGCGACGGAGCAGAUCAUCAACUGUGUUCUCGGACUGGAUCGUCCUGUCGGAGUAGAACUUGUACGAUCUGUCAUCUCUGAUUCUCUCGUUAUAAAGCACCCAAGAUUCACCAGCCUUUUGGUCAAUGAUAAUCACGGCCGUGAACGCUGGAAAAAAGUCGAACUCGAUAUCAACCGGCAUAUCAUCUUUCUCCCUGACGCCGUCGGCAGCAACGAUGACGACGAGGCGACGGUCAACGACUACAUCGCCGACCUCACAGUCUCGUCUCCGCUCAGCACCGAUAAGCCUCUGUGGGAGGUACACAUCUUGCCUGCGCACAAAUGCGUUGUGCUGCGCCUCCAUCACUCGCUCGGCGACGGAGUGUCUCUCCUGUCGUUGAUGUUGACUAUGUGUAGAAAAGUCAGCGACGCCGAUAGGAUGCCGACAAUCGAACUACCUCCAUCUUCGAGGAGCCACCGUAGGGAGGGUGGCGGAGAAAGAUUAUGGAAGUGGUUGAAAAUGAUAUGGUUUACGUUGAUUUAUAUGUUUGAGUUUCUUUUGAGGUCUUUGUGGCUCCGGGAUAAGAAGACGGUGGUGAGAGGCGGAGCAGGCGUGGAGCUGUGGCCGAGGAAACUGGUGACCGCCACGUUUCGCCUUGAGGAUUUGAAAACGGUUAAGAACGUCUUCGUAAACACUACCAUCAAUGACGUCCUGUUUGGUGUGAUAUCAUCGGGGCUUUCAAGAUAUUUGGAUAAUCACUCACCAAAACCUCUUCAAGAAGGGCUUAGAAUAACAGGUGCAGCCAUGGUUAAUCUGAGGCCAUCACAAGGACUCCAGGAAUUCACUGAAUUAAUGAAGAGUGGUUCAAAAUCAAGGUGGGGAAACAAGUUUGGUAUGAUGCUCUUACCAAUUUACUACCAUAAAAAUGGCUCUGAUCCUCUGCAAUAUUUGAAGAGAGCCAAGACGAUGAUCGACAGGAAGAAGCUAUCUUUAGAAGCUUUUCUAUCAUACAAAAUCGGCUACUUUAUUAUGAGAUGCUUGGGACCAAAGUUUGCAAGUUUGCUUAAUUACAGGAUAAUUUGUAACACUAGUUUCACGAUUUCAAAUGUGAUUGGCCCGAAAGAAGAGUUUAUGAUUGCAGGCAUCCCGGUUACCUACAUUAGAACCACGUCUUCAAGCUUAGCACAUGCAAUUACUAUGCAUAUGGUGAGUUAUGCAGGAAAGGCAGACAUGCAAAUUCUUGUUGCUAAAGACAUCAUUCCUUACCCAGAAAAAUUAGCAAAAUGUUUCGAAGAUGCGCUGUUAGAAAUGAAGGAAGCUGCAUUGAAAAUAAAGGGUGAAAAGCCCAAUAAUUUCCCAGAAAAUUUGGCUUAAAAAACUAUCAGAUAUCAUGUAGAGGCUUCUCUAAAGCCCACAUAUUAUCCAUUUAACUUAGAGACCAUUAAUUAUUUUAUAUAUAAUUAUUAUUUUUA